ACCCAAUACCUUAGUGAGUGGUCACCAUCCCCUUCAUUUCUAUAUAAACACAAUAGACACACCUUCAUUUUCUUACAACACAAAGAUUUUCCUUAUUACAUAAAACAUACCCCUACUACUACUUCUAUUACUAGUACGAGGACUAAAUAAACCUAAAGUUCCCACACAUACUUCCUUUCUCCCCAUAUAUAUAAAGAAAAAAAAGCGAAAAAAAAAAAAAAAAAACAUGCCGUCAAGAGUCGUACCCUCCGAUUCAUUUCGAGCGAAUCCAACCAACCACCAUAAGUUUCUAGACCUAAGCUCCGUCAAGGAGUUGCCGGAAAGCCAUGCAUGGACAUCGCAGAACAACGACUACCCCUUCUCCGGCGGCGGGGCCGCCGACGGUAGUUCCGAAACCGUCCCUAUCGUCGACCUAAAUAGCGGAAACGCCACCGAGCUCAUAGGCCAUGCAUGCAAGACAUGGGGUGUGUUCCAAGUCGUUAACCACGGUAUUCCCAAUAACUUGCUCGAGGAAAUCGAGGCCGCGGGGAGUAGCCUCUUCUCCCUCCCCAUGCACCAGAAACUCCGGGCAGCUCGGGCAGCCGACGGGGUUUCGGGCUACGGCGUGGCCCGAAUCUCCUCCUUCUUCUCCAAGCGCAUGUGGUCCGAAGGGUUCACCAUUGUCGGUUCGCCCCUCGAAAACGCCCGCAAAAUUUGGCCCGAUGAUUAUAAUAAAUUCUGCCAGACAAUAGAAGACUACGAGAAAGAAAUGAAGAAGCUAGCGGGCCGGCUGAUGUGGCUCAUGCUGGGCUCAUUAGGCAUAACAAAAGAAGAAGAAGAAGUCAAAUGGGCCGACCCGAAAGAAGAAUCCGAAUCCGGAUCCGGGUGCGCGGCUGCCCUGCAGAUGAAUUCGUACCCGGCCUGCCCGGAUCCGGAUCGGGCGAUGGGUCUGGCUGCGCACACAGACUCCACUAUCCUCACCGUGCUCCACCAGAGCAACAUAAGCGGGCUGCAGGUGCUGCGUGAGGGCGGCAACAGGUGGGUUACGGUGGAGCCUCACCCGGGUGCGCUGGUGGUCCACGUGGGAGACCUCAUGCACAUACUAUCGAACGGGUCGUACCCGAGUGUGCUACACCGGGCCGUGGUGAACCGGACCCGGCACAGGCUGUCGGUGGCGUACCUAUACGGGCCGCCGCCGGGGGUGAAGAUAAGCCCGCUUUCGAAACUGGUGGAUCAAUACAACCCGCCAAUGUACAGGCCCGUAACCUGGAGCGAGUAUCUCGGGACGAAGGCGAAGCAUUUCGACAAGGCGCUGACGUCAGUGCGUCUGUGUGCGCCACGUGUUGGGUUUGUCGAUACCAACGACCAUAGUAGUGUACGUGUUGGUUAAUUUAAUUUAAUUUAAUUAGAGAUAUGAUUAAUUUUUUAAUUACUUAU